AAAAGCAAGACAGUUAUGAAGUAUGACACCGUUCCUAUUCAGUCCAGUGUGGUGUUAUGUUCCUGCCCAUCCCCAUCAAUGGUGAGGACCCAGACUGAGUCCGGAACGGCCCCUGUUGUUCCUAGCGGUGGUAGCAGGCAGGGCCCCACCAUGGACAGCACUGCGGCCGAGUCCAGACCAAGUGCCAACUCUCUGCAACAUGCUGUACAGCCACCACCACAGCCUCGGAAAAAACGACCUGAAGACUUCAAAUUUGGGAAAAUACUUGGUGAAGGCUCUUUUUCAACAGUUGUCCUGGCCCGAGAACUGGCAACCUCAAGAGAAUAUGCUAUUAAAAUUCUAGAGAAACGUCACAUUAUCAAAGAGAACAAGGUCCCGUAUGUAACCAGAGAGAGAGACGUGAUGUCGCGCCUGGAUCACCCCUUCUUUGUUAAACUUUACUUCACGUUUCAGGAUGAUGAAAAGCUGUAUUUUGGCCUUAGUUAUGCCAAAAAUGGAGAACUACUUAAAUAUAUUCGCAAAAUUGGUUCAUUCGAUGAGACGUGCACCCGAUUUUACACAGCUGAGAUGGUGUCUGCUCUAGAGUACUUGCAUGGCAGGGGCAUCAUUCACAGGGACCUGAAACCAGAAAACAUUUUGUUAAAUGAAGAUAUGCACAUCCAGAUCACAGAUUUUGGAACAGCAAAAGUAUUAUCCCCAGAGAGUAAACAAGCCAGGGCCAACUCGUUUGUAGGCACAGCCCAGUAUGUUUCUCCAGAGCUGCUCACAGAGAAAUCGGCCUGUAAAAGUUCAGACCUUUGGGCUCUUGGAUGUAUAAUAUACCAACUUGUGGCAGGACUCCCACCAUUCCGAGCAGGAAACGAAUAUCUUAUAUUUCAGAAGAUCAUUAAGUUGGAGUAUGACUUUCCUGAAAAAUUCUUUCCUAAGGCAAGAGACCUUGUGGAAAAACUUUUGGUUUUAGAUGCCACAAAGCGAUUAGGCUGUGAAGAAAUGGAGGGGUACGGCCCUCUGAAAGCCCAUUCAUUCUUUGAGUCCAUCACGUGGGAGAAUCUGCAUCAUCAGACACCUCCGAAACUCACAGCUUACUUACCAGCCAUGUCGGAAGAUGAUGAAGACUGCUAUGGAAACUACGACAAUCUCCUGAGCCAGUUUGGCUGCAUGCAGGUGUCAUCGUCAUCAUCUUCCCACUCCCUGUCUGCCUCAGACACGGGUCUGCCGCAGAGGGCAGGCAGCAACAUCGAGCAGUAUAUCCAUGACCUGGACACUAAUUCUUUUGAACUGGACUUACAGUUUUCUGAAGAUGAGAAGAGGUUAUUAUUGGAGAAGCAGGCCAGUGGAAACCCUUGGCACCAGUUUGUAGAAAAUAAUUUAAUACUAAAAAUGGGUCCAGUAGAUAAGCGAAAGGGUUUAUUUGCACGACGACGACAAUUACUACUCACAGAAGGGCCACACUUAUAUUAUGUGGAUCCUGUCAACAAAGUCCUGAAAGGUGAAAUUCCAUGGUCACAAGAACUCCGACCAGAGGCCAAGAAUUUUAAAACCUUCUUUGUCCACACACCAAACAGGACAUAUUACCUGAUGGACCCGAGUGGGAAUGCUCACAAAUGGUGCAAAAAGAUUCAGGAGGUGUGGAGGCACAGAUACCAGAGCCACCCAGAUGCCGCCGUGCAGUGACAGCCCACAGCCCUGCCCUCGCUGCCAGGACAUGCGCCCCAGCGCAGCUCACCGCCAUCCGGGACGCUUCCAGACCACCUGCCAGCCAUCGCAAGGGGAAUGCAGACAGUGGAACCUUGCAGCUUUUUUAUUUAAAAGAAAAGAAGAAAAAAAUACCCAACCACACAAAGAACAAAACCAAUAAUGAACAGGAAUUCAGGGUCGCUUUGCUUGCUCUCUGUGCUGUAUGGAGGCUGCCCCGAGCUGUCCUUGUCGCCAGGACCCAGUGCUGUGCACGUCUACCUGAUUCCCACCUGGACCAGUGGACCAGUGUCACCAACUCUCCACCAUGCACCCUGGUCACCUGCCAGUCGUGAUGUGGCCUAGGGGGCAGGGUGUGUCUCUGGGUUCUUUUGGCCCCUAGAUUACCAUGGAACUCUUCACCAGGGAGUUGUGGUCUCUUGGGGGUAGCCUCUGACGUCCAUGGGGUGGGAGGGUGCUUGGCUUUUGUCCGUGUGCUCUUUUCCUUACGUCCUAGUUCAUGGCCCAUCCCCUGUGCUGCAGGCCCCUUGCUUUCCUCCUGGAGUAGCUCUGGCUGCAGGAUUUCUGGGGUUUUGCUGUCUGCGAGUGCUCCACAUGUUGUGAAUGCCAGGCAGGAUCCCAGUGGUGAGAAGUGGAACAGGCUACCAGGUGAAAUACCAGCCACUGCCAGCAAGGUUCCGAUCCAUCAUCCUUCUGAGCGGUGUUGCCCUCUGGGGCUGGAAACCAAGCACAUGCCUGCAGGGAGCACUGUCGGGAGUGGGCCUGGUUAGCCCCACUUGCACCAGGAGACAGCUCUGCAGGCCCUGUGUAAGGCCAGGGCAGCAGGGCACACUGGACCUGGUGGCCUCUACAUGGAGGAGUGAGACCUGAUUAGCCUCUCCUGAGAGUUUGUCUAAAAGUUAAAGUGUGUAGGCCUCCCCCAGACCAGUUAAAUAGGAGCCAAGAGACUUCUGCUCUCACACAUUGGAUGGUACUCAAUCACAUUUGGGCGGUGGGAGGAGUACAGGCUCUGGGUCAGCACAUGCACUCUUCGUGUUAUGAUUUUAUAUUCUCACAGCCUAACAUUUUUACAUCCCAACAGUGAGAAUCUAAUGCCUUCUCUUGGUGCCAGGUCAUCUGGUCUCCAUGGAGUGGACUUUGCCUGGAAAAAAAGUGUUGCUUGCCUUGCACGAGGGGCAGGAACACCACACUUGAACCCAAGCGCCCAGCUUGCUCUCUUUCCAUUUCAGAUUCUCUCCUUUCGCUCCUUAGAGGUGGCACCCACCCUACUGUAACCUACACAUGGCCCAGGUCCUACUAGUCCUUUGAUUUUCUUUGCUGCUGCUCCCUAGACAGUGGGUCUUGGCCAUUCCUCUCCCUACCCAGGUGUCCCUGGAGGGCAGUUCUCUGUUCCAGGUGGGAAAGAAGCAGGCGCUGCUCCCAGACCCAUUUCUGUCCCCAGGUGGGGGGAACACCUUUCCUUUGCCUUUAGACUCUCACCAGGCACCAGUAAAAGGCUCACACAGGAAGGACCCCCUCACCACUUCCUUGCCCACCUGCUAUCUCAAACCACCAUGUGUCACCCUGUGUGGCCAGUGGUCCAAAUGGAAAGAGAAGAUGCCUUUCUCACACUGUUUGAGCGAUAAGAGUGGCUGUUCUAAAACGGGAGAAAAGGAUGGAUGUGGGGGAUUCACUGUGCUGGGCGGGGAGAGGGCUUGAGGUGGGAGCAGGGGUGGGAGCCAGGUUUGCUGGUGGUUUCUACUCGGGCCUGUCCUCUGCUCUGUGAGAUGUGAGAGACAGACAGCUCACACCUGUGUGGGGGUGGGGUGCCCUUGGAUCGAGCUCCCUCUGCUGCGCCGCCUCCUCGAUUUGGAAAGGCUUGCCUGUGUUUACCUGCUUUUCAGAAAGUGAGUCUGAAUUGCCCCUCUCAAGAAUUUUACUUCAGGCUUACUCCCACAUUUACAUUUUACUCUUCUCAAAAUACCCACCUGUGCAGUUAGAAGCGUUAGGAGCCUGCUCCUGCGUAGUCUCUCCCAGGUGUCUGGUUACAGGGAAGCGAGCAUAGCUGGUGUUUGUGUUUACCAAGAGCACUCAUCUGGGCUGUUCCGGAGACAAGUCCUCCCUUGCAUUCUGCCCUCUGGAUAGCGCCACUACCUCCUGGGCUUAACCAACAAGCUCCAUCUUAACCUCCAAAAUCAGAAAAUGGGUUCAGGGUUGAGCUUGAAGCUGACAGAGCUGAAGUGACUGCCCUCGCCUGAGCCAGUGACAGCUGAGCCCUUCUCUGUAAGUCAACUUUCCCUGCUCAGAGUCCUCUUUUAUUUAAGGCCCGUAUGUAUUCUUUUCUUACCCUGUACUUCUGCCAACUUUAGUUUUAUCCAACUUUCCUUAUAACCAUCAUCCUGGCAUGCAGGUGCCUUACAUUCUGAGAUGUGGAUGAGGUGUCAGUCUAUGUACAUACACAGACAUGCCUGGAAAUAGAAAUGUGAAUUUAUUCAGAAUGGGAAAGAAAAUGCCCUGUUUAAUAGAUCCAGGAGCCAUGUUUCUUAAUGAGAAAAGACAAGAACAAGUCAAACCAAGCACCUGCCAACUGGAGACAGCCCCACACCAUGUGGCCUCUCUCUGCACAGAGGGGAGGGAGGACAGCCAGAAGGUUCUGUGGUCUCCACUGUGCCUUGCCUGUCUCUGGGAACUCAAGGAAACUGGGUUUGCUUAGGAUGGUUUCCUUCCCUCUCUCUGUGGACCUGACCAGGGCUAUAGGCAGUGGGCAGCCCCCUGUGGAGUACGAAGCCCCACCAAUGAAUGGCACUGCUGACUGCCUGCUAUUCUGAACCUGACUCUUAACAGCUUGUGACAGGCUUACUUUGGGAAAAAUGGCUCAUGGUCAUACCAAAGCUGGCGAGAACUGCACCUACUCCAGCCCCCUCGGAACACACUGUGGUAUUUGUGAACCAGGCCUGAAAGAAUUGCAGGAGAUGGCCCUGUGGCACAGACACACAUACCACACACCACCCCUCAACCCCAGGCAGUGUGCUAGCAUAGGGGCUCAGGGUGACUCAGUACUUUCUUAAAACAUUUGUUUUCUGAAAAAAAUCAACCCUGAGCUUACCACCCAGAAAAGACCACUGUGAACAUUUUGUUGUAUAGCCAGCCUGUCCCCCUGCUCCCAAUUUAUUUGCUUUUCUAAUCUAAACUGGGAGAAUACAACAUAUGCUCUUUCUUUAACUAUUAUUGAUUUUUGGAGAGGAAUGGAGGGGGAGAGAAACAUCAAUGGGUUGCCUCCUGUACACCUCAAAACAGAGAUGGAACCUGGACCUGGGUAGGUGCCCUGAAAAGGAAUUGAACCUAAGACACUCUGGUUCACAGGACAACACUCCAUCCAACUGAGCCACAUUGGCCAGGGCCAAUAUAUACUGUUUUGCAUCCUGUUUUUUUCACCUGAUAUUUUUAUCUCAAGCAUUUCCCCAUGUCAUGAACAAUGAUUCAGAAAUGUUUUUAAUGAUUGUAGACUUUAGUGAUUAUAAGUUUUAACAUAAUUUAUCUAUUUCCCUGUCACAAAACAUUUAGAUGGUUUCUGGGUUUUCACUAUUUAAAUACUGCUGUGAUGAAUAUCUUUCUAAAUCUUUGAUUUUUUUACUCGAAUUCUCCCACUCCCCCAUUCCCACAAGUGGUAUUUUUGAGUAAAAGUUUGUUCAUUUAAAAGGUGGUAUUAAUCUGUUUCUCUAUCUUGAUCUGAUGCUUAGAUGCUCAGAGUUCUAGAACAAGACCUCCUUAGUUUCCUUCAGUUUCUGAAGAAAUGAAUUCCUGGUAAACUCUGUUCAAACUCUUAUUCAAAUUCAAACAAUGCUUGAAUAAGACUGCUCUUUUUUUUCUUUUCUUUUUUAUGCUAAAAA